AUGGCCAGUGUGGGAGGCUCGACUGACUCCAGGACAGAUCCAGUCCAGGCCGCUGAGACACUCACCCCGGAGGCCAUCGGCUUCCUGUCGGCGGUGGGCGUCUUCGUGGUGGCGCUGGCCGUCCUCUUCCUCUUCAUCAACAAGAAGCUGUGUUUCUCGCGCGUGGGCGGCCUGCCCUGCCUGGAGCAGCACGGGCGCAGGAGGAAGGGCCGGCCGGGAGUCCGCCAGGGCCUCGUGAACAGCUACGGGAACGACGAUGACGACGACGACGAAGACGACGCCUCCUCCUCCGACAGCGAGGAUGAGAUCCUGAAGCAGUUUGAGAUCUCGGUGUCGCGCUCGCAGAGUUUCCGGGCCGCAGCGAACGGCGGCGAGCCGCAGAGCGAGCAGAGCCAGCCGCCGCCGCCCAGCCGCCGCCACAGGUUCACCCGGCUGCUGUCCGACCAGGAGGAGGGCAGCACGGAGCCGUCCGACUGCGAAGACAUGGACGCCCCGAGCCAACAGGGUUUCCAGGACCCGCUGUCCAACGGUGCCGAGGAGAAGGAGCGCGCCUCUCUGGGCCCCCAGGACCCGCCCGACAGCUUGGAGGGGCCGCGGGGCGAGGAGGGGGGGUCACCGGGGACCGGGGCCAGUCCGACCCCCAGCGUGAGCCGGCAGGCCACAGACGGCAGCGUGGACAUGGAGACGGGCGCCGAGCAGCCGGGCGGCGACAACCAGGAGCCCACAGACAGCUCGUCCACCUGGAGCCCCGAGCAAGAGCAUCCUCCCCAAGACGAGGCCCCGUCCCUUCCCGUCAGCUCCUCCCCACGACCCCCCAUCUCAAAAUGCGGCGACCUGGUCUUGUCUCUGGAAUACCGGCCUGACACGGAGAAGCUACUGAUCACGGUGAUUGCAGCCCGGGACAUUCCUGACAAGGCCCGCAGCGGGAUGGACUCCUGGCAGGUGCACAUGGUGCUGCUGCCUGCCAAGAAGCAGCGCCACAAGACGUCGGUGCAGAAAGGCUCGCUGCCCCACUUCAAUGAGACGUUCCGCUUCUCGCGCCUCGAGCCGUCAGACCUGGCGGUGUCGGCGGUCCGGUUCCGGCUGUACGCCCUCGGGGGGAGGAUAUCCCGUGAGCGCAUGAUGGGAGAGAAAGUGCUGCGGCUGGGCGGGCUCAACCCAGACGGAGGGACAACGGAGGUGACUCUGGUUCUGGAGCCUCGGAGUAACCUGAAGAGUGUGGACUCUCAGCUGAGCCUGUCUGCUGUCUCUCAGAGUGACAGUGCCUCCUCCACUCAGUCUCUGACCCACGGCGGCGUCCCAGAGCUGCUGGUGGGUCUUUCCUACAACGCCACCACAGGACGCAUGUCAAUCGAGCUCAUCAAGGGCAGCCACUUCCGCAACCUGGCCAUCAACAGACCACCAGACACUUACGGCCGUCUGACGCUGCUGAACUCGGUGGGUCAGGAGAUUUCACGGUGCAAGACAUCAGUGCGUCGCGGCCAGCCCAACCCCGUUUACAAGGAGACCUUCGUCUUCCAGGUGGCGCUGUUCCAGCUGUCGGACGUCACACUCAUGGUGUCCAUCUACAACCGGCGCAGCAUGAAGCGCAAAGAGAUGGUGGGCUGGAUCGCUCUGGGCCAGAACAGCAGCGGCGAGGAGGAGCAGCUCCACUGGCAGGACAUGAAGGAGAGCCGAGGACAGCAGGUCUGCCGCUGGCAUGUCCUCCUGGAAGCGUAGCGCCGCCUGCUGGUCGGCGAUCAGCCUCGUCAAAGCCAGCGC